CACAGCCAGCCAGGUUUACCACCAGGCUGGGCACAUGAACUUCACCAUCCGAAAUGAGCACAUACAGAACCUAACAACGUUUGUCAACAAUCAGUCAACGAGUGAAUGGUGGACCCCAAGCUGUCCGACCUCAAAGUCCACACCUUUUACUACCAUGAUAUCCUGCUUUUCAAGUAGCUUCUUGCUUACCCUCCUGCAGAUCCCCCUUAACUCUCCAAUUCACCUGCACACCAAAUCGUUCGGGGUCAUGAUUCCUCAGCUGGCCAGCUUGUACCCCAAUAUGGAGCUAGUGCUUGAGAUGUCACCCGAAUCAGCUCCAUUCCUGAUGUUCACCCCUGGAAAUGUGACCCUCAUGCCAGUGAUGAACGUCCAGAUCUGCGCCCUCCUGCCCGACUCCUCUGAGCUCAAACCACUCUUCCAGCUCAGGGUGAGAACCAAUGUCUCCGCCACCAUCAAUGUGAGCUCCAGUAGGAUCAGUGGUUCAUUGACUCCAGGAAGUAAGCUGAAAUUGGAACUGAUACGCUCCAACAUCGGUUUCUUCAGUGUAAAUUUGAUGGAAUCCGUCUUCAAUUACUACGCAACCUACCUGGUAUACCCCUCUAUCAACGCAAAGCUGAAGGAGGGCUUCCCACUCCCUCUGCUAAAGGACAUCUACAUCAGCAGCAUCAAGUUCCAAAUCUACGAGAACUUCUUGCUCUUGGGGGCCAAAAUUGAAGACUGAGGAGGAGCAGCAACUGUGGCUGGAGGAGUGGCUGGCACCACACCUGGACUUCCCCUGCCCUGUGGCGCCCCAGGGGCUC